CACUUUAUAUUUCUCCAAAUUCCACAUUCAAAUUUGGGGCCUAAACACAAGCACAAGCUUUAAUUUCAUUUUGCUUUUUUUUAUGCCAUUGUUGGCUCUCCCUAAUUGUAGGCCACUCAAACCGAUGCAUGCGCCCUCCUCUUCCUGCUCACCUCUCUUUCUCCCGCGCUUUUCUCCGCAUUUGCAAACUCCCCCCGAACAAUCCCUGAUCGAUGCUGCAAUCGCACCAUCAUCGCUCCUCUGGCCAUGAUCCGUGCAUGCAGCACAGCUGCAUUUCGUCGGUUUCUCGAGCUUUCCGUUGAUCUUGAUGCGUUCUUGAUCUCAAUCGCCGCCGCCGCCGCCGCCGCCGUCGCGGGAGGAGGAGGAGGAGAUUAAGCAUGAGGCAGACGCGGCACGGCGGAGCUCUACACCGAUGGUUUCACUGAAGCUGCGAGCCAUCCUCUUCCCGUUCCAGAUGGAGCCUCGCCGCGAGAUGCUCCUGCAGGAGCUUGGGGAGAUGUGGGACCAGAUCGGGGAAGCGGAGGAGGAUCGGCGAGAGAUGCUGCACGCGCUGGAGGAGGAUUGCCUCAACGUGUACAGGGUGAAGGUGGCGCAGGUGAAGCAGUACAGGGCACAGCUGCAACGGGAGAUAGCCGACUCCGUCGCCGAGGUCGCCGCCAUCUGCGCCACCAUCGGCGAGCCAUCCACCACCGUGCACAUUGCGUGCUCCUCGCUGCAGAGCACAGGGAACCUCAAGGAGGAGCUCGGCUCGAUCACGCCGGAGCUGGAGGAGAUGAGGAGGAGGAGGGAGGAGAGGCGGCGGAAAUUCUCGGAGGUGACGGAGCUCAUCAACAGGAUCGAGCAGGAGAUGAAGCCGAGCAAGCAGCUUCAUCUCACCAUGGACAACUCCGACCUCACCAUCAGACGGCUUGAGGAGCUCAGAGCAUACCUGCAAGAUCUGCAGCUGGAGAAGGAUAGUCGCGUCAGGAAGAUGACAGAGCUGAUGGGUUCUCUGCAUUCCUCCUCCUUGGUUCUUGGCAUGGAUUUCAGAGAGACCAACCUUCAUCAUGAUGAUGAAGGAGACAUCAGCGACGAUGCAAUUGCAAGAUUAGUUUCCGAGAUCGGGAGAUUGAGAGAGAUCAAACGGAACAGGAUGCAGAAGCUGCAAGACCUCUUGGCCACCAUGCUGGAUCUGUGGAACCUGAUGGACACGCCAUCGGAGGAGCAGAAGAGGUUCCAGAGCGUGGCGUGCAACAUCGCCGCGUCCGAGGACGAGAUCACCGAACGGGAUGCUCUCUCCAUGGAAUUCAUCAACAAUGUGGAAGCAGAGGUGGUAAGGCUGGAGAGGCUCAAGGAGUGCAGGAUGAAAGACCUUGUACUGAAGAAGUAUGAUGAGCUCAAUGAGAUACGACGGCGAGCGCAUGUACCCGUCGAGAACGAAGACGAUGCGAUGAUGAUGUUCGACGCCAUCGACAGUGAUGCCAAACGGUCUCUAAUCCUGGAGCGGCUGGAAGUGCAGAUCUCUGAGGCCAAAGAUGAGGAGUUCAGCAGGAAGGAUGUUCUUGAGAAGAUGGAGAAAUGGCAGGCUGCACUAGAAGAGGAAUCUUGGCUUGAGGAGUACAACAGAAAUGAGAACAGAUACAAUGUGGGCAAAGGGACUCAUCUUGUGCUGAAGCGUGCCGAGAAAGCGCGUGCCUUGGUCAGCAAAAUGCCAGCAAUGGCAGAGGCCUUGAUCACAAAGGUAAUUGCUUGGGAGAAGGAGAGGGGUGCCAAAUUUGAGUACGAUGGUGAUGGUCUCCUGGACAUGCUGGAGGAGUACAACAAUACAAGGAAGGAGAAAGAGCAGGAGAGAAAGAGACAAAGGGAUCAGAGAAGGAUGCUGGGUCAGGGCACAGGGGAGUCGCCGGUGGUGAGGCCUCCGCCCAAGAACAUCAAGAAUGUAACGAGGACGUUGUCUAUGGGUGGCACUAGUACGGGCGGCAAGAAGGCGUCGGCAUCGGUGUCGUCGAGGCCAAGCACGCCGAGCUUCCUCAAGUCACCUAUGUCAGCACGAAGGAGUGACGAGGGACAAAUGUUAUUGUCACGCGCAGUUGAGGAAGAUGAUUUGUUAUAGCCAAUUGAUAGAAUAUUAUUUACAAUAGAAAGUAUUAGUAUUAAAGUUUUUUUGUAGAUUUUUUUAUAGUUGUUUUUAAGCCUUCUUUAUUAUAGAGACUUUAAUGCAAAAGUUAUAUCUUGUGAAAUGUAAAAAUGCUAUGUUCCGAGUGA